AUGAACCCAGAAGUGUUAAAACAAGAUUUACCUUUAUAUAAGCUUUACGAGGAAUUUGAUAGUUAUAAAAAUGGUUAUAAGGACAAUAGCAUUUGUAAAAAUUUCAUUAAAGACAAAUAUCUUAAAUCACAUGAUUUAACCAAGCUUUGCCAACAUCUUUCUGCAGUGUUAUCAUCAUUCAACAAUAUCAAACAAACGCAUACUGAAGUUUCAUCUAACAUUUGCAAUCAUUUAAACAUAUGGUUAUAUAACAAAUUAACAAAUCUGGUUUAUGAUCCUGCCACUCUUGAUAAUGUUCACUAUGCAUUUAUGAAGGUUUUUAAAGACAAAGAAGUAUGCGAAGAUUGUAAUUAUCUAAAUUAUAAUAAAUGUAAUAAGGAUGAGUUUAACAUAAUAAAAAAGUUUCAUGAUUAUUCUGAAAAUUUUGUUGGCAUUCAAAAUAAAAUUAAAGAGAAUGAUUAUUCUGUGAUUAAGAAUUAUUGCUCAUACAUCGCAGAAUCUGUUAAUUUUUAUAACGACAUUGUUUUAAAGUAUGCUAAUUCUUAUACAGAUUAUAUUUAUGAUAGUGAAUUGAAAACUUUUAGAGAUAAUUUUAAAAAAAUAUAUAAGGCUACAUUGAGUUGUAAUUCUCAUAUACCUCAUUUACAACCUGCUUAUAAUGAUAAUAUUGAAUUAUCACAUGUCUUUAAUUAUAAUACGUUAAAUAGUGAGCCUGUGAAUUUAAGAAGUGUAGCCAAAAAUCUUUUAACAUUUUUUGGAAUAUUUUUAAUUUUUUUUUGUGUAUAUAAGUUUACUCCACUGGGAAACCUGUUAAAUCUUAAAUUGAGAAGAAAAAAAAGAAGAAUAUGGAGAAACAUAAAACAAGAAUAUGAGAAACAAUUGCUUUCAGGUAUUGACGAACAUGAAUAUUCAUCACAUUCGGAUGAUAUGUUAUAUUAUAUAGGAUUUCAGAGAAAUAAUAUUAAUAAUUCGAAUAUGUUUUCUUAA